AUGGAUCAUAUGGACCAGCUGGAUCCAGACAUGAACCGGAUUCAUGCUAUGGAGAUGGAAUCAAUUUCAUAUAAUCUAUUGAAGGACGAUGUGGACGAUAAGCCGGACUUUUCUCUGGCCGAUUAUGUAUUUUGCGGUCACCCAAAGAGCACCACCACCACUACCGCCCACCUGCUGCCCCAGCAGCAGAAACAAUCGAAACCCUGUCCUCGCUGGCAGCAACGGCGAGUGACAAUUAAGACGAUUGAGGGAGGCGAGUUUAGCGUCUCCAUGUGGGGCAUGGGCCAGAAAGAAGAUGAAAAACAGGGUGUACAAGAAGAGGAUUUAAAAGAAGAGGAGAAAGAAGAUGACGGGGAGGAACACUGUGUGGAGAACUUCAAGGAAGAGGACGCUGAGGAUGACUACGACGACGAAAAAAAUCUACUUAUGUUUGAGAAUGAGCUGAUGGGCCCUGGUUCCUCUCAACUUGAGGGCAAUAAUAUGGUCAUAAAAAAGGAAUCGCCCCUCUACUUCUAUGACGACUACUUUGGCAUUGACGGGCAGGAGGGAAUGCAGGGAGUUGGCAAGACUGCUGAAAACCACUCGGGAUUUUUGCAGAAGGCGGUGGCUGCGGCUGAGUCCUUUCAGCACCAGCAACUGCCCACCGCCGGUGGCUCCGGUAACGACGACGAUCGACCCGUCUGCUGUGCUCAUGAAGGCUGCCUGAAGAUGUUUCGCAGCAUCAGCCUCAUGCGAAAGCACCUGCACACGCACGGCCCGAAAGUGCACGUUUGCGCCGAGUGUGGCAAGUCCUUUGUGGAGUUGAGCAAACUUAAGCGGCACUUUCUCGUUCACACAGGCGAGAAACCCUUUCAGUGCGCCUAUGAUGGCUGCGGAAAACGCUUUUCACUGGAUUUCAACUUGCGCACUCAUGUUCGCAUCCACACUGGCGAACGCCCCUUUGUCUGCUCUUUUGACGGUUGUCAGAAAAAGUUUACCCAGUCGACCAACCUCAAGUCGCACAUCUUCACGCACACAAAGACGAAGAACUUUACGAGAGCGGCACACAAUAAAAAGUUAAUCAGCGCACUGGACUUGGAG